GCACAAGCUAUCGUCAUUUGGUGUUUGUGGUCGCUGAGACCACGUCCACUGAGCGCCUUGCGCUGAUCACAGGCGCAGGACAUAUGGCAACUCCAGUGGCGAAGCAGUUGGAGACAGUUCGCGCCUAUGAGACCGGCAAUGAUAUCCGGCAGAUGGUGGCAACCUCCGAAGGCGGCAGGGCCUACAAGUUGCUGAAGAGGCGCGAAGAGACCAGAGCUGCCGCUGAAGCCGAGAAGAACAACAUCGAGAAUGAGACCCGAAAACGAAGGCAGAUCGCCAACAUCGCGGACAAGUAUUCCUCGGCGAGUUUGGCGGAGGAUCUCGAGGAGGAGUUUAAGCGACAGACCGUUGGCCUUGUUUCUGCGGAUGAGUUCCGUGCGAAGCGUCAAGCCAUCGACGACAUGAUCCAGGCAACUCAGCAAGCUGAGAAGGACAAGAAGUCCCUACGGGUGAAGAGGACGGUGAAGUCGGCUCAGCUCUCCUUUGAGGCAGAUGACAUGCUGGGGAGUGAUGAGGAGCCAGAGGAAGACUCCGACAGCGACGAAAUGAAAGCCAAAAAGAAGAGGUUUGGCAAGGACCCCAACGCCAAGACCGACUUCCUGUACGAUGCUGAUCGUGAAGCAGAGCUCCUGCGGAAGAAGAAGGAGCUCAUUGUCCAAUACAAGAAGGAGCAAGAAGAGCUCAAGAAGACGAAGUUGGAGGUGACUUAUUCCUAUUGGGAUGGCUCCGGGCACCGGAGGACCUGUGUCAUCGAGCGGGGCUUCACGAUUGGCCAAUUCCUGCAAAAGGCGAAGGCCGACCUGGAGAAGAGCGACUUUCCGGAGUUGCGGACCGUCGGCUCCGACACGUUGAUGUACGUGAAGGAAGAUUUGAUCAUCCCACACAAUGUGACCUUCUACGAGCUCAUCAAGGAGAAGGCCAGGGGGAAGUCAGGCCCCUUGUUCCACUUCGAUGUGCAUGAGGACAUCCGGAUGUCCAACGACUCCCGGAUCGAGAAGGAUGAAAGCCAUGCAGGGAAGAUUGUGGAUAAGAAGUGGUACGAGAAGAGCAAGCACGUCUUUCCAGCCAGUCGCUGGGAGCUGUAUUCUCGGGACAAGACUUACGAGCAGUACACCGUGCAUGGAAACGCGGACCACUCGACCCAGAUCAACGUGAAUGGAGGUGUGAUCAAGUGAAACUGGACUGUGGUUUCAGCCAUGCCCGCCACAUCCGCAGGAACGGGGUUCAGGA